UCAUAGUUUACCUUACUCUGUUUCCAACUAAAGCUCCUCUGCCUUUCAGUUCUUCCAACAACUCUUAAAACUCUCUUUGAUGAUGGAACUCGAAGCAACCCAUUUUCCCUUCUAUCCACCAAUCCAUGAAACCAAUCACUACCAUCUACAAUGCACCUUAGAAGAAGUCCUUUUUUCUUUCCAAACGGAAGAUCUCGAAGAACCAGUUCUUUCCGAUAGCUCGAGCGGAUGGGAGAUCAACAGACUGCUGGAGAUCGAGUCCGAUCUCUUCAUGGACUUGAGCACCAGCUCCUCUCCCGUCUUCGGUCUCGACUCCGCCGAAUUAACUCCACUGACGGAGGAAGAUGAGGAGAUGGUCACAAUUGGCGACGGAGAAACAACAGAAGCAGUCACCGAAGCAGAGUUCGUCGUUAAAAAGGGAUUGGAUUCUCCAUUGAUGGAAGAAUACGAGGAGAAGAGGCUGCCAAGCCUGCUAUUGAUGGGAGCUGAAGCCAUCGAAGCAGAGAACUUUCCGCUCUGUUCCUCAGUUAUCUCCGAGCUGACUCAGCUUGGAAGUAUCGUCGCCAAAACCGGCGACGCCUCUCCUUCGUCGUUAGAAAGGCUGGCCUGGUUCUUCACUCAGGGGUUGCGUCACAAAGCCCAAAUGACUACUUUUAGCAACGAAAUUUUGCGACAGUUCCAACAACAGCCGCCAGAGCCUCCAACUUACUCUGUUUCAUCCCCUGCUUUCCACAUUCUCCAGGAGCUCUCUCCAUACAUGAAAUUCGGCCACUUCACAGCCAACCAAGCAAUUCUAGAAGCCACGUCGGACAAUCGAAACAUCCAUGUCAUCGAUUUCGACAUCAACGAAGGUCUCCAGUGGCCCCCACUAAUGGCUGAUUUAGCAGCAGGAGGAAGCUCCCCUGCCUCCCUGAGACUCACGACAUUGAUCUUGAAGAACCACAAUGGCACUAAUUUGGCCAUGGUGAAUCAAACGGGAAGGUUGCUGACGGAGUACGCCAAAUCGAUCAACUUAUCGUUCGAAUUCGAGGCGGUAGAGAUGGAGAACGAGGUCGAUUUGGAUCCCAUUCGAGUCGAUGAGAGCCAAGUUCUCGUAGCGAACUGCAUGAUCCACCAGCUCCAUACUCCAAACAGAAGCUUCCCAUUGCUGAAAACUUUCCUCUCCGGGGUAACGAAUCGACUUUCGCCGAAACUAGUGGUGUUGGUGGAGGAAGAGGUGUACAACUUCGAGAAAAUCCCAUCAAUGUCGUUCGUGGAGUUCUUCUGUGAGGCUAUCCACCAUUACACUGCGCUAUCUGAGGCGUUGUCCGCGGAUGGGAUCGGUGGGAUGGGGUUGGAGAUGAUGGAGAAGGAAGUUUUGGGAGUGAGGAUAGUGAAUAGCUUGAGGGAGUUUCCUUGUGGGGCAAGUGAGAAGUUGGAAUGGGGGAAUGGGUUUGAGUCUUUGCAAAGACUGUUCAAGGCAAGAGCUUUUAGUCACUAUAAUGUGUCUCAAGCUAACUACUUGGUGAGCUUGUUUAGUGGUGGCUAUUGGGUUCAACAUGAGAGGAAUCGGUUGGCAUUGUGUUGGAAGUCUAGGCCUUUGGUGACGGCUUCGAUUUGGUUGCCAAAGUGUGGAAGGAAGAGAAAGAAGUAGGCAUUCUAGUCCGAAUUGUUAAGGGUGUCAUUAGGACUCUUUUACGAUGUUUCUGUAGGAGUGGAGGCGUUCUUUUUUCGUAGCAUUAGGUUUGUGCGGAGAUUAGAGUGUUUAUUAAGAGUAGAGAAGACUUCUAUUUCAUUGUACAUAUUAUGAAUAUGAUGUUAUCUGGGGUGUACUUUAAGUCUAAUAUUGAUGAUCAUAUGAAAUAGUUGAUAGUCAAUAUGUUUAUGUAGUGAUAAGUGAUGGUUCGAUUUACUGAACAGUUAGAGUAUUUAUCUAGACAAGGAUGUAAAAAAGGAAAGAAGGAAGGGGAAUUUGAGCUAGUAAUUCGUUUGUAAAUACUAUGAAAAUGAUGUUACUUAUAAUGCACAGUAAGUUGCACCGAUGUUACACGAAAAUGACAAUGACAAGUAGUCGGUAUACUAAUUUCAUUUAUGAACACGAAGAUUUUAAGACAAGAGAUUUUAUCAUUCAAAAUUUAAGUAUUUCCUUCUUGGACGUUCCUAAAAUUAAGUAACUCAACAUUUUUUUUUACACAAAGGGAUGGAUAGAAUCAUAGAGUACUCAUAUAAAAAAGACUAAUCCCCACCUAAACUAUCACGAAACCCUUAGAUAAUAGUGUUUAUACCAACUAACUAACUACAUAAAUUAAUCUAUUCUAACCCAAAUUGGAGGUGCGACAUCUAGGCAAAUAAAAAGUGUCUUGAUGAUGAGUAUGUUUUGGCGACCAAAUAGAGUGCUUAAUAGUUCUAUAAUAAUGUCUUAAUCGUCAUGAUAGUGAGGUUGUUAAUAAGAGCCUCCAUCUAAUCACCUAUAAGAAGCAAUAUAAUGUUUCUAAGUAUUAUGAGUAUGAUGUUGUUUUCAUGAUGCAAUAGUGGUGCCGUUGACCAUUGUUUAAAUGAGAGGCUUCUAUUAGCACCCAAUUUGGCUCUCCUUUUGGCUUCAUAUAUGACGUGAGAGACAGUUUUUCUUGUCUGCGAUUGAAUAAAGCAAGUUGAAAUAUUUCUUUUAAUAACCCCGACUACAAACGCAUACGUUCGAGAUUACUCUGAUCUCGUGUAUAAUUUUAAUGAUUGUUCGAUCAUCCUAUAUGGUGAUAACAGUCUUCCAUGAAGAAUCAUGAUCCAUUUCAACUGAUUGCUGCAAGGAGAAAACUAAUUAGAUUGCUCAUUCAAUUAUGCAUACAUGAUCUUCUUUCUUUCUAACUGAAUUCAUAUUCUUGAUCUUCUCUCGCGGUCGCGUAUUAAUGACAUAAAUAUGUUAUUUCCCA